GCCCGGCCCUCGGCGGGGAGAUGAACGCGCAGCUGGACGGCCUGUCGGUGAGCUCGUCCUCCACCGGCUCGCUGGGCUCCGCGGCCGGGGCGGGCGGCGGCGGCGGGGGCGCGGGGCUGCGACUGCUGUCUGCCAACGUGCGCCAGCUGCACCAGGCGCUGACGGCGCUGCUGAGCGAGGCGGAGCGGGAGCAGUUCACGCACUGUCUGAACGCCUACCACGCGCGCCGCAACGUCUUCGACCUGGUGCGCACCCUGCGCGUGCUGCUGGACAGCCCGGUCAAGCGGCGUCUGCUGCCCAUGCUGCGGCUGGUCAUCCCGCGCUCCGACCAGCUGCUCUUCGACCAAUACACUGCCGAGGGUCUCUACCUGCCCGCCACCUCCUCCUACAGGCAACCCACCUGGGGCGGCCCCGACGGCGCGGGGCCCGGGGAGGUGCGCCUAGUGAGCCUGCGGCGCGCCAAGGCCCACGAGGGCUUGGGCUUCAGCAUCCGCGGGGGCUCGGAGCAUGGCGUGGGCAUCUAUGUGUCGCUGGUGGAGCCAGGCUCUCUGGCAGAGAAGGAAGGGCUGCGAGUCGGGGACCAGAUUCUGCGUGUCAACGACAAAUCCCUGGCCCGGGUGACCCACUCUGAGGCCGUCAAGGCUCUCAAGGGCUCCAAGAAGCUGGUGCUGUCGGUGUACUCAGCGGGGCGCAUCCCCGGCGGCUACGUCACCAACCAUAUCUACACCUGGGUAGACCCCCAAGGCCGCAGCAUCUCUCCUCCCUCGGGCCUGCCCCCACCCCAUGGCAGCACCCUGCGGCAGCACGAGGGUGACCGGAGGAGCACCCUACACCUCCUGCAAGGCGGGGAUGAGAAAAAGGUGAACCUGGUGCUGGGGGAUGGCCGGUCCCUGGGCCUCACCAUCCGUGGGGGAGCCGAGUACGGCCUGGGCAUUUACAUCACUGGCGUGGACCCGGGCUCUGAAGCGGAAAGCAGCGGGCUCAAGGUUGGGGACCAGAUUCUGGAGGUGAACGGGCAGAGCUUUCUCAACAUCCUGCACGACGAAGCAGUCAGGUUGCUCACGUCAUCCCAGCACCUCAUCCUGACAGUGAAGGAUGUCGGGAGGCUGCCCUGCGCCCGAACCACCGUGGACGAGACCAAGUGGAUCGCCAGUUCCCGGAUCGGGGACACCGCCACGAACUCAACAGGCUUUCCUGGGGAUCUCACAGCAGAGGGGACCAACAAGCUGGGGUUUUACAAGGGGCCGGCCGGCUCCCAGGUGACCCUGAGCAGCCUGGGGAACCAGACGCGGGUGCUGCUGGAGGCGCAGGCGCGGCACCUACUGAGCGCGCAGGAGCGUGCCACCAUGGCCUACUACCUGGAGGAGUACCGCGGCGGCAGCGUGUCCGUGGACGCCCUCGUCAUGGCCCUGUUCGAGCUGCUCAACACCCAUGCCAAGUUCUUGCUCUUCUCUGAGGUGAGAGGUACCAUCUCCCCCCAAGACCUGGAGCGCUUCGACCACCUGGUGCUGAGGCGGGAGAUCGAGUCGAUGAAGGCACGGCAGCCCCCCGGCCCUGUGGCCGGGGACACCUACUCCACGGUCUCCUGCAGCGACACAGGCUCGUCCACGGGCAGCCACGGCACCUCCGCCACUGUCAGCGCAGCCAGGAACACUCUGGACCUGGAGGAGACGGGGGAGGCCGUCCAGGGCAAUAUGAACACCCUCUCAGACGUUUCCCUGGAUGAUGUCAAGUCCACCUCCAAGGGACUGCCUAGCUACAUGCCACCGCCUCCCCCAUCACCUUUGCCCCAAGGCCACGACCACCUGACCACCCAGACGAGGAAGCCGGGCAGAGAGGACCUCCAGCCGCCUUCCUCCGCAUCUUCCCACGCGGGUAUCGUCUUCUCUGCUCCGCGGAACCGCAGCCCGCCGGCGGGCACCUCCCCUGCCCCAGAGGCCUCCUCAGCACAGGACUCGCCCUCCUCCCCCAUCUACGCCUCCAUCUCCCCGGCCAACCCCGGCUCCAAGAGGCCGCUGGACGCCCAUCUGGCCCUGGUCAACCAGCACCCCAUUGGCCCCUUCCCGCGGGUCCAGUCACCCCCGCACCUGAAAAGCCCCCCUGCAGAGGCCACGCUGGCGGGGGGCAGCCUUCCGCCACCCUCCCCCUCUGGCCACCCAGACCAGACGGGCACAAACCAGCACUUUGUCAUGGUGGAGGUGCACCGCCCAGACAGCGAGCCCGACGUGAACGAAGUGAGGGCACUGCCCCAGACGCGCACAGCCUCCACACUCUCCCAGCUCUCGGACAGCGGGCAGACCCUGAGCGAGGACAGUGGCGUGGACGCCGGCGAGGCAGAAGCCAGCGCCCCAGGCCGAGGCAGACAGGUGGUGUCCGCCAAGGGCAGGAGUAGCAAGGAGACGCCUCGGAACGAGAGGACCACAGAGGGGGCCGCCAAACCGCCCGGACUCCUGGAGCCCACCUCCACCCUGGUCCGCGUGAAGAAAAGUGCAGCCACCCUGGGCAUCGCCAUCGAGGGCGGCGCCAACACCCGCCAGCCCCUGCCUAGGAUCGUCACAAUUCAGCGAGGCGGCUCAGCCCACAACUGUGGGCAGCUCAAGGUGGGCCACGUGAUCCUGGAAGUGAACGGGGUGACGCUUCGGGGCAAGGAGCAUCGCGAGGCCGCGCGCAUCAUCGCAGAGGCCUUCAAGAGCAAGGAGCGUGACUACGUCGACUUUCUGGUCACCGAGUUCAAUGUGAUGCUCUAGCGGCCAAGGCCCGAGGGCCUCCCGCUGCUGACCAGCCCCCGGCCUUGGUCCUUCCUCCCUCCUGGCACUAUUGAGCUCCUUCAGGGGCCGGGGCUGCAUGGCCAGGGUGGCAGGAAGACAUCCCUCCACUCCUUCCUGGCCCACUGGACCAGAACCGGGAAAAAAGAGCUGGGCCAGGCAAACAGAAGGUCAGGUCGGGGUCUGGUGCAAUGCCCAGUACACAGUAAGCACUCAGUACAAGCAUGAAACCUCAGGAAGGGAAGAAACGAAGGGGAAGGGUAGAGCGCCUAUGUCUUCACCUGAGGCCUCCCAGGGCCUGGAACUUUGGGUUGCGUGGAGGCCCUGCUGCUCCCCGGCCAGCUAGGACCUGGCCCAUCCCCAGAUGCCCGAGCUUUUGUCUGGAGUGCAGUGACAUGAGAAUCCGUAGACACAGCCCCCAGCCAGGGCGGCAUCUUGCAGGACCUUCAGUGCCACAAAUACGCAUCGAGCACCCCCCAUUCACACCCCCGUUCCUCCUAGCUCCUCAUCCUCCAUGGUAUUUAUUAUUUAUUUCCAUCCCACACCCUUGGGUACCCCAGGACCCCAGUUUCCCACCACACCCCUAGCCGAAUCCCAGAGGCCUUGCAGGUGAUCAGCGUCGUCAGUGUAUUUAUAUACAGAGCUUAUGACUUUAAUUUUUCAAUAAAGAGAUCUGAACAAGA